GCUGUUUUUGUUCUUUGUUUCAUACACAGAUAAUUCACAUUUCACACUCCCAGCUUAUUCACGCGUUUAGAAACUCACCUGUUUCUCCAGAACUUUCGUUCCAUGGCUGCGACGAGGACCGGGCGGAACUACGACGUCUUCCUGAGUUUCAGAGGCGAAGACUCCAACAGUUACUUUAUCGAUCACCUGUACACUGCUUUGGAUGAAAGGGGAAUCCGCACAUUCAGAGACGACGACCAACUCAAGACAGGAGAAAACAUAUCUUCAGAACUGCUAAAUGCAAUAGAAGAGUCAAGGGCAUCGAUAAUUGUUUUCACGGUGAAUUAUGCUUCUUCGACAUGGUGCCUGGACAAACUUGUGAAAAUCCUGGAAUGCAGGAAAACAGGAGGCCGAUUAGUGCUUCCCGUUUUCUUCGAUGCCGAUCCGUCGGAUGUUCGGAAACAGAGCGGGAGUUACGAGGAAGCAUUUGCCAGACACGAAGAAGAGUAUUACGAGGUGGUGAAGAUGAAGGAGAAGGUGCAGAGGUGGAGGACAGCUCUCACCGAAGCUGCCAAUUUGGCCGGGUGGGAUGUACGAAAUGCUAACAAAAGAAACCAGUCGAAGUUUAUUCGUGGAAUUGUGGAAGUGGUUUUAGCUACAUUGAAUCAAACACAUUUGAAUGUCGCCACCUACCCAGUUGGAAUAAAUUCUCGUCUAGAGGACUUGAAGUCAUUAUUAAAUCUCUGGUCAAAUGAUGUUCACAUUGUAGGAAUUUGUGGCAUGGGUGGAAUAGGUAAGACGACAAUUGCUAAAGCUGUCUAUAAUGCACUCUUCCGCAAAUUUGAAGGUGGUUGCUUUCUUGCAAGUGUUAGAGAAACUUUAGAGCAGCCUGAUGGUCUACUUGAUUUACAGAGAAAACUCCUAUCUGAUAUUCUAUUGAAAGAGGAUGUAAAGAUGAGCAAUGUCGAUAGAGGAACCCAUUUGCUUAAAGAAAGGCUCUCUUGUAAAAGAGUUCUUGUCAUUCUUGAUGAUGUAGCUUAUUCAAAUCAAUUAAAUUUGUUAGCUAUAAAGCGCAACUGCUUUGGCAUGGGAAGCAGAAUCAUUAUAACAACCAGAGAUGAGCAUGUGUUACAUGAGCUUGAAGUUGAUUGUAUAUACAAGGUCAAAGAAUUGGAUGAGCAUGAAUCCAUUCGGCUCUUUAGCUGGCAUGCCUUCAGAAAAGACCAGCCCAUGGCAGAAUUUAUAGAGCUUACAAAAUGUAUAGUCAGUUAUGUUGGAGGGCUUCCUCUAGCUCUUGAAGUUUUGGGUUGUUUUCUGUCUGACAACAGAAGCAUACUUGAAUGGAAAAGUGCUUUGGAUAAACUCAAAAGAAUUCCUUAUAAUCAAAUUCAGAAAAAGCUUAGACUAUGUUUUGAUGCUCUAGAUGAUAAAGAAAAGAGUAUAUUCCUUGAUAUAGCAUGCUUCUUCAUCGGAAUGGACAAGGAUUAUGCAGUUAAAAUACUUGAUAGUUGUGGUUUCUUCUCAGAGUUUGGAAUCAAUGUUCUCAUUCGUAGAUUUCUUCUUACAAUCAAUGAAAAGAACGAGUUGAGGAUGCAUGAUCUGAUACGGGACAUGGGAAGAAGGAUUGUUCAUGAAGAAUCUCCUAAGGAGCCUGGAAAGCGCAGUAGACUGUGGUUCCAUAAGGAUGUUCAUGAUGUUUUAACAAAAAGCACAGGAACGGAAGAAGUUCAGGGUCUCAGCCUACGAAACUUGCCUAGAUCAAGUAGGGUAUGCUGUAGUGCUGAAGCAUUAAGAAAGAUGCACAAGCUGAGACUUCUCCAACUCCAUUUUGUAGACAUCACAGGGGACUUCAGACAUUGUUCUAGAGAGCUAAGGUGGCUCUGUUGGCAUGGGUUCCCUCUUAAAUUCAUACCAAGCAAAUUUUAUUUGGAGAACCUUGUUGUUCUUGACAUGCAACGUAGCAAACUGGAAAAAGUCUGGAAGGAACUCAAGGUUCUUAAAAACUUGAAAGUCCUUAAUCUUAGUCAUUCCAUUUGCUUAACUAGUACCCCAGACUUCAUUGGACUGCCCAAUCUUGAGAAACUGUUCCUUGAAGGUUGUACAAGUUUAGUUGAGGUUCACCAUUCUAUUGGAAAUCUGCAGGGACUGGUUGUUUUGAAUCUGAAAGACUGCAGAAACCUUAGGAGUCUCCCAAGCAGCAUUUGUAAGUUGAAAUUUCUUGAAGAUCUUAAUCUUUCUGGCUGCUCAGGACUUGAGAGACCAUUGUCUAAAUCACGGCGUUCAUUGCUUGGGCCUUGGAGAUUUCGAAAAAAAAAUCCUGAUUCUAUCACUUUGCUGCCACCUUCCUUCCUAGGUUUAUGCUCCAUAAGAAGAAUAGAUCUUAGUAAUUGCGAUCUGUCAGAAGGUGCAAUUCCAAGUAACCUUGGGAGCUUAUCUUCUUUGCAGGAGUUAGAUCUAAGCAAUAACAAUUUCUGUACCAUACCUGAUAACAUUAGUUACCUUUCUCAGCUCAAGUUGCUUGCAUUGAAUGGUUGCACAAGGCUUCAUUUUCUUCCACCACUUCCACAAAAUUUAAAAAUCUUAUGUGCAAAGGGUUGCACAUCAAUGGAAAGCUUACCAAAUCUUGAUAACUUAUCCUCGUUGCAGAAAUUGGAUAUAAGAUGCAACAAUUUUUCCAGUUUGCCAUCCAGCGUCGGUUGCCUUACUCAGCUCAAAUUCCUUGAUUUGGACAAAUGCACCAGGCUUCAAACACUCCCAGAGCUCCCAUCAAGUUUAAAGUACUUGUUUGCAAAAGAUUGCUCAUCGAUGGAAAAAUUGCCAGAUCUUCGAAAUUUAUCCUCCUUGGAAGAAUUGGAUCUAGAAGGAAGCAAGAUUUGUAGCCUAUCACCCAGCAUUAGUUGCCUUUCUCAGCUCGAGGCUCUUUGGAUAAGUAAUAAUGAAAGGAUCCAAUCACUUCCGGAGCUUCCUCCUACUUUAACCAACCUUUAUGUAGAUGGUUGCACAUCGCUUGCAGUUACUAAUAGCAACAAUUUGAUUGAGAUUCAGAACACAGAGAAGCUAGAAUCUUUACAAACAGGGAUACAUAUGGAAGGGUGCAAUAGUCUGGAAAAUACAUUCAGAAAAUAUCUCCUUCAGGGUCCAUCUGGCAACUUUGAUGUCUUUCUUCCUGGAAGUGAGGUGCCAGAGUGGUUCGGUCAUCAAAAUGUGGGGUCUUCAGUAUCUUUUGAGGUGCCUUCAAUUUUGGACCAUAAAAUUCAAGGAUUGUCUGUAUGUGCUGUUUAUGCAUCUGAUGAAGCUGAUACGAGCCUCAUUACAAGUCCUUGUACCAUCAUUACUAAUAAAACCACUGGUUUCCAGUGGGACUACCGUCCAGGAGCUACAGUUCCAGUAACCCAUCAGGAUCACAUGUGGCUGGGCCUUAUACCACACAAUGAAUUUGGUGAUCAGUUGGACUGUGGGGAUCAAAUGGAGAUUGAAGUAGAAAUGAGUCAACCGCUCCGUGUAAAGAAGUGUGGGGUCCAACUAGUAUACGAGUCAAAUGAAAAGGGUCCACAAUCAAAGAACCAACCAUUUAUCUGAUGGCAUCUUCGUCAUUUUGAUAUUGUUCUUUAUGGAAAUGGGAGGCCAUAAAGAUAACUGGAAAGAAAUUGUGACUGGUCUAAUGAGGUUGAAGGACAUGAAGACCAGGACUCAAAUAGUAGAGCAAGUAACAGAGCCUCGCAAGAAAGAAGUGAGGAAGUUGUUAAUUUACUUGAACUCCUCGUUUAAAGCUUUAAUGAUUGAAUCCUUUGCUCCUUGCAAUAUGAGUUUGAAAUUUGAAGAAGAUAAUGUGGCCAAAGUAACUGACCGCUUUGCCAAAUCAAUUCAAUUGAAGGGGUUCAUCUUUAUUGACCAUGGGGUGUGAUUGGUUAUGUGCACGCUGUGCAAUCCACCCCAUGGAUCCAAUCUGAGUGUACAGUCCAUGCAGAUGAAGGUGAUAUCUGCAUAACAAUGGAUAUUUAAAGUGUGGGUACAGUGUAGUUUCUAAAAUAAAUGCUACUUUAUGGUGUUUUCUGUGGCUUGUUGUAUGGGUGCAUGUAAAAUGGCUGUGGAAGAUGAAGGCUUUCUGGACAUGAGUCAAGGAAAAUUGCAUUGCCUCUGAAUUUCUUGAUGUCAUUUUCCAAUCGGGGAUCAUUGAUCCUCUCAACAUACACUUUGCAAAGCUCGUAUAUUUGUCAAACAUUCAUUUUAGUGAUGAAUUAAAUAGCUUGUAACACUUGGUAUAUUUUCCUUUUCCUUGAUGUUACUUGAAACCAACGACAUCUGAAGGUAUCAAUUUUUAGUAUUUGAUGAUUGGUUCUGAAACUUU